UGGAAUGUGACAGCUAAGCUGUAUUUUGCUGUGCUUCAAAACAAUGUUUGAUUCUGAAACUCAUCAGAAGAUGAUUAAUGCAGUGUCUUGUUGUGACAUUGUCAGAGGAGGACAGGAAGUGUGAGGAUUGCCUGUUACUGCAUCAAAGCUUGAAGGAAGCCCUUUCCAUUAAGGACUGCAUGGCCAGCAGUCCUCACUCAAGUGGGGACUAUGAGCAUUCCAGUGGCUCCAAAGAAAUCCUGCUUCAGUCAGCUGCAGGACCAUCGGAAUGGAGCAAAAAAUAACAAUGAGAGUAUUCUAAGUUUGGGAGAUACAAAUGCUAAUCAAAUCAUGUUGGAGAUCAGCUCCUCUCAUGAUGAGCCCAAGACAUGUGAUCUGGUUGAUGAAAUUGGUAAUGCAAAUUUAAGUGGGCCAGAAUACCAUAGCCACUUCCAGAAGGAGCCUGUCCAGGGCUUUGGGAGAGGAUCUCAGACCAGCAAGAGAGAUUUUCAACUUUCUUCAACCGACCACAGGGAACUGAGUGAAGAACACACAGUGGAAAGAGGCCCAGACAUUCCACAGACCCCUCUGAGUGUCCAGAGACCAAGUCUGUCCAGUUGGAAGAAUGCAGUGGGUCAGGCCAUUCCAGAAGUGUUGACUAAAAGGGAUGCUGAAAUUCCCCAGCAUGUUCCCAAGGACAAACUGGCAAAGACCCUUGACAAUGAGGAGCUGAAAAGGCAUUCUGUGGAAAGAGCAAGCAGUUCUGUGACUGCACCUGGCAGCCUCACUCGGCAGCACCUGCAGCCUGCGUGGCUGGAUACCCCUGAAUCAUGGGGCCCUGUGCAUGGGGGUGGAGAAGGAACACAGGGAACAUCAGCUGGCCUCUCUCCUGGGGCAGUGUUUACUCCAGUUGAUAGUACCUCAGAGGAAAAGAGUGUGCAUCCUCCUAAACCAUCUACCUCAGAAGCCAAGGGGUCCAUCCCAUCAGAAACACAGAUGGAGGUGGCACAUGGCCUGAAUGUUUACCAUGAGUGCACAGCUCGUGCAGCUCAUCCUGAGCCCACUCCCCAUUUAGUUUCAGCAUCAAAGGAAAUCUUCAGUUAUCUAGAAGCACAUUUAGGUCAGGGAAGGAGGGAGCCCAAGUUGGAGCUCAAAUAUGUUCAACCCAGGACUGAGCAGGAACUAAAGCCAGCCCAGACAGGGGAUCUGGGAUGUCACAGGGAAGAAAGUGUGUCACCUGUAGAGAGGAAGGUGCCACAUGGGGAAGCACACAAAGAAACCAAGAGUCAACCAGACAGCAGCUGCCAGCACCUUGGGGUGGGAAGACGCAGCAGCCUGGAAGAGAUGAUGGGAGUCAGCAUUGGUGGAGAAGGGUCUCUGCAAGCUGAACCUGAACAAAGCAUUGGCCCUUCCGGAGAGGCCAGCAGUCAGCUCACUGGCAAAAUGUCACCAAAUGCAGGUAGGAGAGUGGAGGAAACAACAUCCGGCAACUUUGUGAUUGGUGAUGGCCAUAGAGCUUUUGUUCCCAGUGAACCAAUGGAUAGGACAUCCUCCCGGGUCAGUGGGGAGUUAAGGAGUCAGGAUAGUGGGGACACAGGCAGUGCCCAGGCACUGGCCUCAGGUCCUUCUGUGGGAGAGUAUGGAACUGAGGUUGCUGAGCUCCUGGACCUUCAAAGUGGUGGCUCAGAAGCCAGACAAAGCAGAGAGACUGUAAUACCUGUAUCUGAAGAUAGGAACCUUUUAGAAAAUGAAGCCAAGCCUGAAAUCACCCUAGCUGGAGCAGAUUCAGUUUUCAGUACCCCUGCCCCCCUCCACCCAGAGACAACUGUGAACUUGAUCCACCAUCCCACUCUACCAGGUAGUGGUUUUCAGGAGCUCGGUGUGUUCAGUGUGAACACAGGGUCAUCCUCGGUGGCCUCACCCUCCACUGAGAGUGGGCGGGUGUUGGAUACGUCCCCGAAAGUGCCUGACAAGAACACUAGCCCCAGUGGGAUCCCCAAGCCUGUUACACAUCCCAAGGACAUGCCUUCCGCGCUGGAAGCAAUGGAGAAACAUGAGGUUGAGAAAACAGAAGAAAGGACGACAGAGACUAAGCCAGUCCUCAUGCCAAAACCCAAGCACGUGAGGCCCAAGAUCAUUACCUAUAUCCGCAGGAACCCGCAGGCGCUGGGCCAGGGGGAUGCCUCACUGGUCCCUGUAGGGCUUCCAUAUGCCACGCCCACAUGCGGCAUGCCACUUGCCCAGGAGGAGAAGGCAGCGACCUGCGAACUUCAACCUUCUACCAAUUUGUACGAGAAAUUCAAGCCAGACUCGCAGAAGCCAAGGGUCUUCCCAUCUGGAUUGAUGGUGUCUGGGAUCAAGCCCCCAGGGCACCAUUUCAGUCAGAUGAGCGAAAAAUUUCUGCAAGAGGUCACAGACCAUCCCGGGAAAGAAGAAUUUUGUUCUCCCCCCUACACUCAUUAUGAAGUCCCUCCAACUUUCUAUCGAUCAGCCAUGCUCCUUAAGCCCCAGUUGGGACUCGGAGCAAUGUCCCGACUACCAUCUGCUAAGAGCAGGAUUCUGAUUGCGAGUCAGAGGUCUUCAGCGAGUGCCAUUCAUCCACCUGGACCAAUAACUACAGCUGCCAGUUUCUAUGGGUCUGAUCCUACAGCAGAUCUAAAGAAAGCCUCCAGUUCAAAUGCUGCAAAGUCCAGCCUCCCAAAAUCUGGGCUUCGUCCUCCUGGGUACUCUCGUCUCCCAGCAGCCAAGCUGGCGGCGUUUGGCUUCGUGCGGAGCUCCAGCGUCUCUGCAGUGCCCAGCACCCAGUCCCUGGAUAGUGUGCAGCCAGAGCAGAGCCGACCAGUCACUCGUUCAACCUUUGGGAAUGAAGAACAGCCAGCUCUGAAGGCAACUCUGCCUUCUAAGGACACACCCAAGGGGACUGGCCGGGCGGCCUCAGCACCUUCCUCCAGUGUGACAAUACCCCGCAGGAGUUUACUUCCAGCGCCAAAAUCUCCUUCCACACCUGCUGGAACAAAGAAAGAAGCACAAAAAGAUCAAGAUGCAAAUAAGCCUCCUGUCUCCUCUCCUAAGAGAACAGCAUCUUCUACCACCAAACUUCAUUCACCAGGGUACCCAAAGCAGAGGACCACGGCUCCUCGAAAUGGGUUUGCACCCAAGCCUGACCUGCAGGCCCGAGAGGCGGAGCGGCAGCUGGUCCAGCGACUGAGGGAUAGGUGUGAGCGACAGGGCAAGCAGCUGGGCCUCGUUCGAGGGGAACUGAAGAAGGCCAUCUGCGGCUUCGACGCCCUGGCUGUGUCCACUCAGCAUUUCUUUGGAAAGAACGAAAGUGCCCUUGUGAAAGAAAAAGAGCUGUCAAUCGAACUUGCAAACAUCAGGGAUGAAGUUGCCUUCAACACCGCCAAAUGCGAGAAGCUGCAGAAGGAGAAGGAGGCGCUGGAGCGGCGGUUCGAGGACGAGCUGAGGCGGCUGGGGUGGCAGCAGCAGGCCGAGCUGCAGGACCUGCAGGAGCGGCUGCAGCGCCAGUUCGAGGCCGAGAGCGCGCGCCUGCAGGAGGAGCACCACGGCCAGCUGCUGCGCAUGCGUUGCCAGCAUCAGGAGCAGGUGGAAGACAUCACUGCCAGCCACGAGGCUGCUCUGCUGGAGAUGGAAAAUAACCACACGGUUGCCAUCGCGAUCCUGCAGGAUGACCAUGAUCACAAAGUCCAAGAACUGAUAUCUACCCAUGAACUUGAAAAGAAAGAAUUGGAAGAAAACUUUGAAAAACUGCGGCUCUCAUUACAGGACCAGGUGGACACACUGACCUUCCAAAGCCAGUCUCUGCGGGACCGAGCACGGCGCUUCGAGGAAGCUUUAAGGAAAACCACGGAGGAGCAGCUGGAGAUUGCGCUGGCUCCUUAUCAGCAUCUGGAAGAAGACAUGAAGAGUCUGAAGCAGGUGUUAGAGAUGAAGAAUCAGCAAAUUCACCAGCAAGAAAAGAAGAUUAUCGAGCUGGAAAAGCUGGUGGAAAAGAACAUUAUCUUGGAAGAAAAGAUACAAGUGCUCCAACAGCAGAAUGAAGACCUGAAAGCAAGGAUUGACCAGAACACAGUUGUCACCAGACAGCUGUCAGAGGAAAAUGCCAAUCUCCAGGAAUAUGUGGAGAAAGAAACCCAGGAAAAGAAGAGAUUGAGCCGAACCAAUGAAGAACUACUUUGGAAACUCCAAACUGGGGACCCAACGAGCCCAAUUAAACUCUCCCCUACAUCCCCGGUUUACCGAAGCUCUUCCUCUGGACCAUCCUCUCCAGCCAGAGUCAGCACCAUGCCUAGAUGAUAUCACCCUGCCACUCACAGGAGUGCAGGCUUCUGUCCACCCGAGGGAGUGCUGGCCAGGUGCUGGCAGCCACCCUGCGCGCAUGCUCAGUAGCUGCAUAAUGCAUCCUAGGCAGCGUCCUUUCUGACCCCAUGUAAGACUGUCCUGGUAUUGAUGCUUCGGAAGGUGUAAACUGUAGGGUCUGAUGUCCAAAAAUGUUUUACCAUAGUGAGAGCCGAAAGAAAGACAACUCCAAUUGUUCUUGAGUGAUGAACUUUCACUGCAGAAUUUCAGGUUAGUUACAAACAGCUCAGUUUUGAAUACAUGGAAUACUUGUGUGCUGCACGAUACGUGUGUAUAUUCAGAUAUUUGUAUGCACACGUGGUGAUCCUGAAUUGCAUUUUUUAUAACAUGAUGUGCUGACAUAUUUUAGUGACGGUCAGCAGUUUUCUAACUUGUGCCUAAGAAUUAUUGGGAAAUGAAAAUGUGUUUCUAUCUAGUUUCCCAGGAAUAUUUCUACCCAAAAUAGAAAAAGGAAAAAAAAAAAAAAGA